CGUUUAAGAAAAGUGUUAUCAAAUGUAAUCAUCGCCUCUAUUAUUUUAAUACAGGUGGUGACGCCAAAGGAUCGUCUGACAGCCGGCACGGUCGAUCAGGCUGAUAUGUUUUGCGUGAACGAUCUGCACGUCGAUCUGUCCGCGAUUCAGGGCUUGAUUAUCGAGGGCCUCGCGACCGCCGUUCUGAUGCUGGUGGUGUGUUCCGUCUGGGAUCCGAGAAAUCAGAAGAAUUCGGACUCGGUGCCGAUCAAGUUCGGUCUUACAGUGGCCGUGAUGGGGACUGCGGUCGGGCCCUACACCGGUUGCAGCAUGAAUCCCGCAAGGACGUUCGCGCCAGCAUUAUGGAACAACCAGUGGACGCAUCACUGGAUCUACUGGUUUGGCCCGAUCGGCGGCGCCAUGAUUUCCUCGUUCAUGUACAGAACUAUUUUCGGUGUUCCCGACGAGGUCGAGGAAGAGGAACCCAUACCCGAAGCUGUCGCGCUUAACAGCGUGGAAAUCCACAAAACGGAGCAGUCCUAACUUGAUGGCGAGAGACCGAAACGACCGAAAGUGAUGAGCGGUAAGAAGCUGAAACUCGGUGGACGCUUUCUCGACGCGAGGAAAACCAUCCGGAUUUUCGGGGUAUAGGUAAGAUAGGUGCUUUAGAAUGCACCGGGCGAUUCAAUGGCGGGACCAGAUGACCAGGAUCGCGGGAAGCUUCAAAAGCUCAACCAGGAUAUACUCACAAUCCCCGAGAUACACGAGAUAGACAAUCGUCUCGAUUCGACUCGUCGCGAAUGGUGUUGGUCGUCAACGUGAACUGACACAGCAGUCAUCACACGCGUAUAUCUCGUACAACCGCAAGUCACGCCGUUUCUCAGUGAGUUAACUGUAGAAACGCGCACAUCGUUAUAAGUCGUUACCUUCGACGAUCCGGUCUAAGCUUAAAUGCAUAAAAAAAAAUUUGGAUGCAAUGCAAUCAGAUUAAUACACCUCCAAUUUUAUCGAAUCUAAUCAAGUCCAAUGUGAUGUCUGCCUAUUUAUUUAGGAAUAUAGACGAUAAGAGACUCUUGUAUGAUGUGUGAAAGCAUCUUGACACAGUGCCCUUGUAAUCGUGAUCUAAAUAUAAAAAAUAAAAUUAAUUUCGAGUGAGCCAUUAUUUUGCCACUUUCUCUCUGUAAUAUAGUGUACAUUCGUUUGUUAUAAAUGUCUCGAUCAUCAAAAGAGUUUAUUGCGUGUGUGAAGUGCAUGUAUGUACAUAUAUAUUUACUUUCUCUUGUUAUUCACUGUCAUACUUUGAUCUACUUUACAUAUAUGCAUUAGUGAUAAGUUGAUAAGUUACACAUCUGCGAUCUGGUGAGAAUAAAAUGGCCAAUAAAUAAAUUUGGAAAAUGUACCUAGUCAUGUAUGCGUGCGUGUUAAUAUCUUAACUUUUAUUAUACUCAAUUUGACAACGAAUAAAAUUAUCUAACGAUAUAAAACUAA